AUGACUGAGGCAUUAGAGAGUUCAUACAUCAAGAAAGUCAUAGUUCACCCUUUAGUCCUUCUAUCUAUUUCGGACCAUCAGACCCGUGCAGCGAAAGAAGGCAAACGUGUAGUUGGUGUUCUUUUAGGAUUCAUUCGCCGCGGUGUUGUCGACGUCAUGAACUCGUUUGCCGUUCCCUUUGAUGAAGAUGAAAAGGAUCAAAUAUGGUAUUUAGAUCAUCAAUACUUAGAAACGUUAUAUCGAAUGACUCAGAGAGUCACUGCAAAAGAAGUGUUGGUGGGGUGGUACUCGACGUCAGACAAAAUCAAGCAAUGUGAUAUUCAAAUUCAUACUGUCAUACAAAAAUAUACAGCACACCCGAUCUAUUUGACUGUCGACGUUUCAAAUAAUGUGUCACACGAUUUACCAGUCCACUCGUACGUCUCCGCAGAAUCACUCGCUACAACUCAAAACAUUUUACUCCAACCGGAACUUUCACUUCGUUUUGUCCACAUCCCAACUGACGUCAAUUUCGAUGAGUCUGAAGUCGGCGUCGAAAGACUUCUAAGGGAUUUGCAGAAACCUACUGGAACCGUUUUGAAGCAUGAAGUCCAACUGAAAAUUGAUUCCCUCAAAGCUCUUGAUGAGAAAAUUAAGGUGAUGAGAGAUUACUUGGCCGCGGUAGAGUCUGGGAAGAUCCCCGUGAAUCAAAAAAUCAUUCAAAAUAUUCAAGACAUCUUCAACUUGUCGCCAAACAUUGAAAAAUAUACAGAACAGUUCUCAGUGAACAUGAACGAUGUAAUGGUCACCGUCUAUCUCUCGAGUUUGGUCAAGACCGUCUUGUCGAUUCACGACUUAAUUCGCAACAAGAACGACAACGAAUUUAAAAUGCGACAAGAAGCAGAGGAAAAGAAGAAGGAGAAAGAGAACCCUGAGAAGGAAAAAGAAAAGGAAAAGGAGAAAGAAAAAGAGAGUGAUGGGGAGGAUGAUGACGACGACGAUGACAAAAUCGACAAUGACCAGAUUUGA